GGACUCCCGCAACAUGGCACGGUCCAGGUGCUUGGCGACAGGCUUGAAAAUUACCUAAAGAACUUGGAGAAAGCCUAUAAAGAACGAAAUAUCGAUUUGACGAUGGUGUAUUUGUCUGAGAGAAUCAAGCCUUCCUGUGUUGCCAAGGCAAGCGAAUCUAUUCUUGUGUGUUCCAGCGAUGUGGAUGAAGCAAUUUACAUGAUCACACUGGAGAUGGAUGGGGUAGUGGUUAAGGGAAAUGUUAACGUUUUCUCUCGUUAUCCAGAUGGCUGCAAAGAAGUGGUUUCCAUGUGCGUAAAUGAAAACAUUCUUUAUGUGUCACAUAAAGGAGUGCCCGGUGGUGUAGCUGCCAUAAAAAUGACAGACCUAAUGGUUGACAUGAUUCUCAAGAACGGAACACUAGAUUGCGUACAAAGUUCGCAUGUUGCUCCUUAUAAAGGUGGCAUUGUUUUUGUUGACACAGAAGGACGUCAGAUCAAGGCAAAGAUCCCAAGUCAAAAAGUUACUGUUAUUGCUGGAACAGGAAGUGAAGGAAAUUCCAACGGUAAAGCCGAGAACGCCCGCUUUUCUCAGCCUAUGGGCAUUUGUGUUGAGUGCGACAAAAACAUUUUUGUAACUGACGUGCAAACCGGUGCUGUCAAAUUAGUUACCACAAUAAAAGGAACUGUAGAGUUUUUAAGACAUUUGGGACUUCUCUACAAAGCGUUCUCUAUCCAUUUAAAACACCAAAAGGCAGAAAAGCUCUCUUUAGAUGAGGCUAUUUCGAAACUCGAAACGCUAGACCAUUUUUUGAAGGAAACAGUUCAAAAUGUCAUGAGCAUCCUUGAGAAACCGUGCAAACCCUCGGGUCCCAUAGGAAACGCUAUCAAACGCUAUCUUCCGUCAGCAUGAUACUUGAGCGGUUGAGAGCUCUGGAACAGCUGUUGAAGGAACUGAAUCCAGAUUACAAGAUUGACCUGCACACUUGUCUCACUGUUCAAGUCAAAAACCUCCAUGCAAUAGGUCACUUCAAAGAGCAAUUCCCAACUUUGCUACAGUAUGCACAGAAUCUAGCCAAUACGGUGUACGAGAGCAUAAAAAGGGUUGUUCAGUGGGCGGCUUACUACUACACUCACGAGAAGUCCUAUUAUCCUGUAGUUGGUCAGGCAAUGCCACUCAAUGCCCUUCCCCGGAUGUCCCAUCUGAAGCCAGCGAGGAAACUUAACGAUCGAGAGCGAGAGUCGAUUUUGGAAUGGGCAGCAAACAACGGCAAAGCUGUCAGGCAGCGAACAGUACGCCAGGAAACAACAAUGUUCAAAGCAGGAACUCUGCCACUUAACAUGUAUGCCACUUCUGAGCAACCCAAAGAGAAGAUAACGAUGGAGAGAACUCUGGGACAUGUGGACGCUGCAGGUGACUUGGGAUGUCCUGUUGAAGUCGUUGAAAGCAACAGGAAGCAUAAAGAAGAAGAAAACCAGAAAGACACAGACGAUGAACAAGAAUCUGAGUACGACACAGAAUCUGAAAGCGAACUUCCUGCAACUGUAGACAGUGACCUGGAGGACGAAAUGACUUUUCUCCGAGCUGUAACAACUCGCAGUGGACGAACUAUUCGCGUUACAUCAAAGUUCUUUUAG